UGAUUCUAGCACAAGUUGAGUCAGGAUGUACCCAGGGAACCUGCCCCGCCCUCAGCCGGCCCGGACUCGGGCACAUCCCAAGUACGUUGUCGGAGGAGCCAAAGGUCUGGGUGCUUCUCACAUCGUGUUCGGUUGUCUCCUCAUCACCAUGGGCAGCAUCGGGGCCGCCCUGAACACCGCAGACUUCUUUAUCAGCACCCCCAUCUGGACUGGACUCAUGUACCUCGUGACAGGUAUACUUGGAGUCGUGUCCAGUCACAGGAACAACAAGUGCACGGCGGUUGGUUUUCUGGUGAUGUCUUGCCUGUGUAUCCUGAUGGUGAUUGGCGGAAUAUCAUCUGCGUCAUUGGCGCUGUCAUGGGAACACUGGAGUACGUUCAACGGGCCUGUAGGGUGCUGGUAUGACUGGCAGAUAGAUCACAACCACUGCGAAGGACUAGACACUGCCCGCUCUACGGUUGACGCUGCGAACCUGCUGUUUGCCCUGGUGGAGAUGGGUCUGUGUAUCGCCUCUAUUGCCGUCUGUUCUCAUGCCAUCUCCAAAGUGCGGCACCAGGAGGGGGGUGGGGGCGGGGAGGCGGGGUGUGGCAGCUGCUGUUCGCCGUGCUGUGGGGGGAGGGGACAGCCAGCCUAUCAGACCCUGCAUGAAGUUGGACCGGACGGUCGGCUAGCUCCGGUGCAAAACUUCACCCAGCUGCAGUUCCACAACCAGCCCCAGGUGGCGCUUGCGCCCCGCCAAUCCUACAUCUUUCCCACCCAGCAGGGGCCUGCAUUCCAGGGCGGCAUUGAACAAGGUGCAACAGGUGGGACCCAGACGGUAGAACCGGCGCAUGCGCAACAGCAGCAGACACUGCUGCAGUACCACCAGCCGCCGCAACAACAGCAGAAAGAAGCGGCCGUGGCGCAUGUGCAGCAAGGCUGUACCAGCCCUCCUCCUGCAUACAAUAAUCACUCUGAGUGUUAGAUGACGUGUAUAAGAUCGCCGGGGUCCUUGUAUUUCUGAUACCUCGUCUGAUAUGAUUUCACUUCAAAUCUGCCGAACGAAAGUUUAAUUUGGAAUGUAGACGUUCAAUCUUAGCCCUACCAGGCUUCAGAAGUGGUUGAAGAGACUAGACAUUGGCCAAAUAGACAGAUAACAUGCCCGGAAGUUUGUCUGCUAAAUUAAAAGGAAUACAGUUAGCGGUCCAACUCCCCUAUAAUGUAAUUUGUCUAUUUGUCCAAAUGAAAGUAAGGUGGUAAUUACCUUUAUAGUCUAUUUUAGUUUAAGGUUUUCUCAACUCAAUUUACAUAUAUUUUACUUGUGAGGUGCUAUCCUUUGUCAAUGUUUCAUUUCAACAUUUUAUCAUUGAUUAUGCAAUUGACUUCAACAUUAACAUUACAUUUGCCUAGUGAUGUUAAUCUUUAUCUAACUUACACAAUUAUGGAAUUCCAAUCAUUUACCAUAAGGAAUCACAGAAUUUAAUUUUUUUCUCAUUAAUUGAGCAAAUUAAGACACCAUUUCCAUCAUUUACAUUUCAUUGUCUGUCUAAGCUACUGACCGACUGACUGAGAUACCUACAUACCAAAAAUGAUAAAAAUACGUUGCUCCGUUCUGGACUUAUCCGCUUUGAAAUAUUUCGCCGGAAACUCCCCUGCACUCCGAGAACAAGCUGCUACCGCGGUAUUCAUAGGGGACAUAUAUACCAUUACACAUACCACUUUUUUUGUUCAUAAAAAGAAGAAGAGGAAGAAGAAACAGAACAAAAACGAUAUGUGUUCCUUCUGUGAAACAUAUCUAAUUCCUAAGUACGUACAUAUAGCUAUUGUCUGUUGUUGUUAUGAUUGUGUUAUCUAUAGUUGGGCAAUUUUACUAAAUGUAUAGUGUCACUAUUUGACGCGAAAAAAUUAUCAACAGAGGGGAUUAUGCAAUAAAGGCAAGGUGGUUUUUAACCCGUGACCUUGUGGUA